ACGUGGCAGACGCCUCCAUCCUCUGGGACUUGGAGAGAGCUGUACUGGACCCUGUGUGGAAGUCAAGAAAACUCUCUCUUUCGUGGUGGCCUGAGGAGAUUAUCUCAGCCCCAAUGUUGCCCUGAAUCCUGUGUUCAAGAUUCAAGAAAAUUGGGACUGUGAAGAUGCCUCAGGAGCAGUACGCACACCACCGGGGCGCCAUGCCCGGCUCCGAGGGGCCGCAGGUGUACAAGGUGGGCAUCUACGGCUGGCGGAAAAGAUGCCUGUACUUCUUCGUCCUGCUGCUGAUGAUUUUAAUACUGGUGAACUUGGCCAUGACCAUCUGGAUUCUCAAAGUCAUGAACUUCACAAUCGAUGGAAUGGGAAACUUGAGAAUCACAGAAAAAGGUCUAAAGCUGGAAGGAGACUCAGAAUUCUUGCAACCUCUCUACGCCAAAGAAAUCCAGUCCCGCCCGGGUAAUGCCCUGUACUUCAAAUCAGCCAGAAACGUGACAGUGAACAUUCUCAAUGACCAGACUAAAGUGCUCACUCAGCUAAUAACAGGUCCAAAGGCCGUAGAAGUAUAUGGCCAAAGGUUUGAAGUAAAGACAGUUUCUGGAAAGUUGCUCUUCUCUGCAGAUAACAGUGAAGUGGUAGUCGGAGCUGAGAGAUUGCGAGUUUUAGGAGCAGAGGGCACAGUGUUCCCUAAAUCUAUAGAGACACCUAAUGUCAGGGCAGACCCCUUCAAGGAACUAAGGUUGGAGUCCCCAACCCGGUCUCUGGUGAUGGAGGCCCCAAAAGGAGUAGAAAUAAAUGCAGAAGCCGGCAAUCUGGAAGCCACCUGCAGAACAGAGCUGAGACUGGAGUCCAAAGACGGAGAGAUUAAGUUAGAUGCUGCGAAAAUCAAACUACCUAGACUGCCUCACGGAUCCUACACGCCCGCGGGGACGAGGCAGAAGGUCUUCGAGCUCUGCGUCUGCGCCAAUGGGAGAUUAUUCCUGUCCCAGGCAGGCACCGGCUCCACUUGUCAGAUAAACACAAGUGUCUGCCUCUGAGAGACUCUCCAUAGCGGACGCUGUCGGCAGCAGAGGGCCUUUUGCUGGCUUCAGACACUGGCUGCCAGUUAUUUUUACUAGAACACAGAAAGCCUAUCAAAGACCUUGCGUGUGUGUGCGGGUGCGUGCGCGUGUGCGUGUGUGUAUGCGUGAGUGGGUGGGUAUAAAUAUAUAUAAAUAUAUAUAAAUAAAUAUAUAUAUCCUCUGUAUAAAAUGAGGUUUCAGUACAAAAGGAACCACGGGUGACCCUGUGAUAUCCAGUCAUUUCCAUCCCCACCCCACCACCUACAUGAGAAAAGCAAAACACCGAUUCAGGCUCAGCAUUCCCCAGACCCUUCAGAGUCCCUCAGUGUAUCGGACACUUGCCACAUACUCACCCACACCUUCGAGUAACAGCAUUUCUCCUCCAUUCGUCAUUUCGGGGCAGCGAUGGCGGGAAUCUCCAAGUCACGUUCAAGCGCUGAGACCCAGGAAUUACAAAUGGACCUUUGGUUUCCUUUAGUAAGGCUGGCCAGCUUCUCCCUCCUAAGUCAGGGAGGGGCAGUGCCACAGAAGUCAGCCGUAGAGAUUCAAAUGGCUGGCCUACCUUCGCAGUCAAAUGUUUGGGGGCUUUUGUCGUUGGAUGAGUGAGGGGGAGGAAUUUUAGAAAAGUGCGAACUGCUCGCCCAACUCCUGCUCUCUUCCUUCCUCCCAACUCACAUAUUACCCCCCAGUCAAAAGAGGAAUCACAAAUCAGCACAAAAUAGGCAAACAGCUGCUCCUCCAACAGCUGGAAGCUACUCUGACCUUACAGGCAAAGAGUAAGUGGGUGAUAUGUCUCUGUUUAAGGGGGGAAAUGGCUCAAAAUCUGUUCAUCCUCACUUCUGACGGACUCAGUAGACUCCAACCCAAAAUGAUUGGGCUGAUCAAAAUUAACAAGAGCAGAACCCCUAACCCAAGAGGAGCCAUUUGGAGACAGAAGUCUAAAAGUAGCAUUGGGAACCUCAUUAUUUUUACAUUUCCUGGGGUUGGUAGACGAUUUAGAGACAUGCCUUUUAUUUCUAAAGGCAUGCACACUCACUGACUUGGAUCUUAUGUAUUUUUUGCGGUGUAGGGAGAGUCAUAUUCCUAAAUCCACCAUUAUUUUUUCUCCAAGAAUAACAGAUCUGAAGUACUACACACCCCGCCCCCCAGAAGUGCUCACUGAAAUGUAACAUAAACUGAGUCAAGUGUCUUUAUCGGAAUCACUGUGUCCCCUGGGCCCAGCAGUGCCCUCUCCCCCACACGUAGUGGAAGCAGCUCUGAUUCCCGCCAUCAGCUAUUGCCCAUCCCUCCGCCUCCAUCCUCACGCUCCAGGGUCACCCUGGCCGGCUCUUGUGCUGGGACAGGGGAUUACACCAUCUCUGUUCAAAGAGGGGGAAAUGUGCCUAUGCCUUAAGUCAAUGCACUCAGCAAGGAGAAGCACAUACUAUUUAUCUUGUCCUUUCCUGUAGUUUACUUUGGGUGAUUGGAGGGGAAUGGUUUAGUAAUGACUGGGCAUCUUCAGGGCAGGUCGACAAGCCAAGCGGCUGACAGAUGUGGACUCUGAGGAGCCCAGGAUGGAGACAAGCCUGGCUUAGACAGUCCUGGAUGCCCCUUAGCAAGGAGUGGCCCCACAAUCCUAAAUGAAGUUGUACUUGUAGGCAUGAAUGGCAUUUUUUUUUUGUUUCUCAACAAGGUCCUAAUUUUUUUCUUACUUCACAAGCAGGGUAAGAUUUGUCAUAGGAGAUUAAAAAAAAAAAAAAAAAAAAAGGCUGGAUAUUUUUGAGUUGACACUCAAGCAUUGAGCUAAGGCUUACACACAGGAUGCAAGAGCAAGCUGUGUGUUGCUUAGUCACUUAGAAGUAGGGGGAGGAGGGCUGGUCCCAGCCUGGCCUGACCAUGGCCCUGCUGGCUUCCAGACCCCAGGCUCCCUCUACUCACUCUUGCUCAAUGUCCCACAUAGAAGAAUUGGGUUGUUCAAGGGCAAGAUCAUAAGAUUGCUUAGUUUAUAGCACUAGGGUCUAAAAAAGAAAAUAACAAAAAGCUUUCAAAUUGCUCUGGAUCAGGAUUGUUUAUAUCCUGUAGGAUCAUGUUGCCAGAAUCUGCAUUGUCCACACAGGGCUUUGCUAAGCCAGGAAAGGCCCCCCUGGCUACUGGGAGCAUUGACCCCGUAUCAUGCAGAUAAACAGUAGUAGCUGUGAGGUCCUUUGUGGCUGAAAACCUUAAGACAGAGUUUUUUAAAGCAGGCAGACCAUCUUAGCAUUUUGCCAUCUUCAGUACACAAUUUAUGGAUUACAAGCAAACAAAAGGUUCUUGAACCUCUGAUUUUGUUAUAAUCAUCCUGUGGGAGUCUGAGAUCAGCACCUUGAGAAUUUUAUAACAAUUAAAAAAAAAAAUUGGCAUGAUCCCACUUACAAAAGCUUAUCCUAAAGGUAAUCACAUCACAAAUAAACUAGAAAUAAUAAUAGCAGCCAGGAACAGAAAUGAAGCACCUGUGGGGAACAGACAUGAUAUAAAAUCCUAAUUUCCAUUUGUGCCAAGUGACCACAACAUGCCAGGCAAUGAGCAGGAAACUUGCACAGAUUAAGCUAUGUAUUUCCGUUCAAACUCUAGAAUGUGGUAAAAUGCAGCCUAAGUUCUUCAGUGUACAUUUUAUUUUCUCCCUAUUUCCACUAGAAUAUUUGUCCAUGGUCACAAGUGUUACCUGAAUUCUGGAAAAGAUAUAUAUCUUUUACAUUAAAAUCUGAGAUCCUUUAAUUUUAAAAAA